AUGAUUCUUUUCAGGGCAUCCUCUACACAUGCAGCGCAUAACAGUCAGACAAAGCAAAGCGGCUCCCCCAGAUUUUUUGUUUGGUUCAUCGUCGAUUUGAUUAUCAUGAUACUCACGACAGUGGGUGCUGUCAUCUUAAUUCAUAAAAUACCUACAAUGAGCAAAUUCUUCAUAUAUGUGGAAUACAUUCUUCUAUCAGUUACUGGCGUCCUAAUAAUAGUAUUUAUAUUUGUGAGAAAAAUUCGGUCAAACUAUCUUGCUACUCGUAUGGUGCUUGAAACUGUGGUUUUACUCUGGUCUGUGAUCUUUGCUAUCGUUUUCAAAUCAACUGAAUGGACACAUGAGUUGAUAUCACUGGGUAUUACGAUUGCGAUAACAAUUUUGGCGGUCAUUCUGAGUUGGAAACUAUCACCAUUGAAUAGGAAGGGGUUUAUCGUUUUCAUUUCAAUAUCAAUCGCCGUUGCUGUUUUGGCCAUCAUCGCGGUGAUUUGUUAUUACUUCUUCUGCAAGGAAGGUGAUUUAAAAGGAAAGAUAAGCUGCUUUGCGAUGGUUGUUUUAAUCGAUCUAUUUAUAAUCAUUAUCAUGUUCACUUGUGUCAGUGUCCAUUUAUAUGUUCAACUUGUCCCAAGGCAAUCACAGUAA